GUGUCUCUUUUGCUGUGCUAUGGUAAUAACUGUCCCUUCCCUCCCCCCUUCCAGCCCAACCUUCCUCCCCAUCUGCUUUCUCCUCCUCUCGUUUGGUUCCAGGCAGGCAGCAGACAGACUGCAUCAUUUUUUGCACAGGCUGCAGCAGCAGCGGGGAGAGAGGGAGCAGGUGGAGAGUUCAGAGACUGCAGUGAAGCUGCCCUCGAGACAUGGCGGAUCAGUGCCUCUGAAUAAGCAAAAAAUCCCCAAGCUGCCUCCCCUCCCAGCCCCCGGUUCGCUGCGCUGCUGCUGACAGGUCAAGGAGAAGGAGAGAAGCGGCCAGAGGACAAAUGGUGCUGCAGCCUUUUCUUUGAUUUCCUCCCCUUCUUCUCCAUGUUACAUCUCUCUUCAGUGCUUCAGUCAGUGUAGCUGCUGUUGCUGCUAGUAGGAGCAUCCAGGGACAGUGCCGUCCAUCCCUCCCUUCCCCCACCCCCACCCCCUCUCCAUCUCUCUGUCCAUCCAUCCAUCCAUCCAUCCAUCCAUCCAUCCACAAGGGCUAUGGCUGCAGAAGAGGUAUUGCAGACAGUGGAUCACUAUAAGACUGAGAUCGAAAGGCUGACUAAGGAGCUCACCGAAACAACCCACGAAAAGAUCCAGGCAGCUGAAUAUGGGCUGGUGGUGCUGGAGGAAAAACUCACCCUGAAGCAGCAAUAUGACGAGCUGGAGGCUGACUAUGAUUGCCUUAAACAGGAGCUGGAGCAGCUGAGAGAGGCAUUUGGACAAUCAUUCUCAAUCCACCGCAAAGUGGCUGAAGAUGGUGAAACACGUGAAGAGACUCUCCUGCAGGAGUCUGCAUCAAAGGAAGCUUAUUACCUAGGGAAGAUCUUGGAGAUGCAAAAUGAGCUGAAACAGAGCAGGGCAGCGGUCACCAAGGUUCAAGCAGAGAAUGAGAGGCUCACUGCUAUCGUCCACGACCUGAAAGAGAAUAACGAAAUGGCAGAGCUGCAGAGAAUACGGAUGAAAGACGAAAUUCGAGAAUACAAAUUCCGAGAGGCAAGACUUCUUCAGGAUUACACAGAGCUUGAAGAAGAAAAUAUCACUUUGCAAAAACUGGUGUCCACACUGAAACAGAACCAAGUUGAAUAUGAAGGUUUAAAGCAUGAGAUUAAACGAUUUGAGGAGGAGACAGUAUUGCUUAAUAGCCAGCUAGAAGAUGCCAUCCGAUUGAAGGAGAUCGCCGAACAUCAGCUGGAGGAAGCCCUGGAGACUUUAAAAAAUGAAAGGGAGCAAAAGAACAAUCUGAGGAAGGAACUCUCCCAGUAUAUCAACCUCAAUGAUAGUAUGUACAGUAAUCACAUUAAUAUAUCGGUAGAUGGAUUAAAGUUUGCAGAGGAUGGGAGCGAACCUAAUAAUGAUGACAAAAUGAAUGGACACAUCCAUGGGCCUCUUGUGAAACUGAAUGGAGAUUACCGGACUCCUGCAGUUAGGAAAGGAGAAUCUCUGCACCCAGUCUCUGAUCUCUUCAGUGAGCUCAACAUAUCAGAAAUGCAGAAAUUGAAGCAGCAACUUGUGCAGGUGGAGAGAGAAAAAGCUAUUCUCCUGGCCAACCUUCAGGAGUCCCAGACGCAGCUAGAACACACAAAGGGAGCCCUGACUGAGCAACACGAGCGGGUCCAUAGGCUCACAGAGCACGUCAACGCCAUGAGGGGACUGCAGAGCAACAAGGAGCUGAAAGUAGAGCUGGACUGUGAGAAGGGCCGAGACUCCGGCGAGGAAACGCAUGACUAUGAAGUAGACAUCAAUGGCCUGGAGAUCCUAGAGUGUAAAUACAAAGUGGCCGUGACAGAAGUGAUCGACCUUAAAGCUGAGAUAAAGGCCUUAAAGGAGAAAUACAAUAAAUGUGUGGAAAACUACACAGAAGACAAGGCGAAGUAUGAGAGCAGGAUCCAGAGGUAUGAUGAGCAGGUGACGAACCUGGAAAAAUCAACUAAGGAAAGCUACGAGAAAAUGGUUCACAUAGAAAAAGAGUUGCAAAGGAUGACGAGCGUAGCAAAUGAAAACCAUAAUACCCUCAACACAGCCCAGGAUGAGCUGGUGACAUUUAGUGAGGAGCUGGCUCAGCUCUAUCACCAUGUAUGUUUGUGUAAUAAUGAAACUCCCAAUAGGGUCAUGUUGGACUAUUACAGGCAAAGUAGAGUCACUCGUAGUGGGAGCCUGAAGGGACCUGAUGAUCCUAGGGGGCUCCUGUCUCCACGGCUCACCAGAAGAGGAACGGCAUCCCCGGUAGAAGCCAGGACCCCAACUGAGCAUGUUUCGAAAGAGAGCAUAGAGGCUGGCAAAGAACAAAGUCCAACCAAGACACCUACGAUUUCUCCUGUCAUCACGGCCCCUCCUUCCUCUCCCGUCUCUGACACCAGUGACAUACGUAAAGAACCAAUGAAUAUCUACAACCUAAAUGCAAUAAUACGGGACCAAAUCAAGCACCUGCAGAAGGCUGUAGAUCGGUCACUGCAGCUGUCACGCCAGCGUGCUGCAGCACGUGAACUAGUGCCCAUGAUUGAUAAGGACAAGGAGGCCUUAAUGGAAGAGAUACUGAAACUGAAGUCCCUGCUGAGUACAAAACGGGAGCAGAUAGCAACCCUGAGGGCAGUGUUGAAAGCCAACAAACAGACGGCUGAAGUGGCACUGGCCAAUCUGAAGAAUAAAUAUGAGAAUGAAAAAUCAAUGGUGACUGAAACCAUGACCAAACUGCGAAAUGAGUUAAAGGCUUUGAAAGAAGAUGCAGCAACCUUCUCAUCCUUGAGAGCAAUGUUUGCAACCAGGUGUGAUGAGUACGUCACACAGUUGGACGAGAUGCAAAGGCAGUUGGCAGCUGCAGAGGAUGAGAAGAAGACCUUAAACUCUCUAUUGCGGAUGGCUAUCCAGCAAAAACUUGCCCUCACCCAGCGACUGGAGGAUUUAGAGUUCGAUCAUGAGCAGUCCCGACGCAGCAAAGGCAAGCUUGGAAAGAGCAAGGACAGCCGCUCUAAAGUAAGUGAGGAAGCAUCAGCCACCGUGCCAACCAUAGACACUUUCCUCCUGCAUAGUCAGGGCCCACAGCAACCAAACUUACUGGUCAGCAGUGGCACUCAGAGGAAAAGACUAUUCUCACCUUCCCCUUGUGAUCAGAGCCAUCCCAGGACUUCAGGGACCUACCUACAGAAUAUAUUAAGAGCCCCCCUUGAUCCCACCUCCACAGAAUCAUUUCUUCUGAGGGGCCCCCCUUCCAUGAGUGAACUCAUCCAUGAGUACCGUCUCAGCAAGGAAAAAAGGUUAACCGUGGCCAUACCAGAUUAUCAGCAGCCUACUGCCUCCAUACCACUACGCGGCUCACAACUAGCCAGGGGGCCAGACUGCCAGACUGUCAGUCCUAAUGUAGCCCUUCCAGAAGAGCAGCCACAUUCCAGCUCUCAGUGUGCCCCUCUCAACUGUCUCUCCAAGCCUCCUCCUUAUCCCUAAUUUUCAGAUGCAACAUAAGAGAAAAAACAAACAAACAAACGAGUGGAGCACACACGACAAAGGUAUAAGUUGCUCCCAAGAAUCCAGUAGACAAUCCUGCCUUGUUGCUGCGUUGACAACUCUGGAUUCAUAUCCAAUGUUUUGGCAACCGAGUGUUGGUUGAGAAGAAGAACACAAAGCACAGAGCCCUGCCUGUCAAGAAGACUUUCUAUGGUUCCUCUAAUUAUAUUCAAACUUUGCUAUCACACCUGAAGUUUAGUGAAAUUUAACAAAGUGACAAAAUGUUCCUCCCAGCUGCUUGGCUUUACUCUGAAAUAUUGAGUGACUUAAGCCAAUAUUUUAAAAAAAUAUGUUACAAAAUCCUAUUUUCACAUUCUCCACGUUCAGCCAUAUGAACCAGUUCAGAUUUUCUUUUCUGUCAUUAAGGGUGUGAUAUUUAUUUUUACUUUAUUUGCACCAUAAUUUUGUGUUUAUAAAAUGUGGUUCUUGUUUUUGGGAUUUUUUGUUUUGUUUUGUUUCUCCUUUUGGUGAGAGUUGUAUUUAAUUCAUUUUAUUUUUAAAAGACAACCAGAAAUAACUUAAGUUAAGAAUGGUUGAGUUAGUAUUUAAAAAAAAAUGAUGAUUGUUAUCUUGGCCAGAGAGUAUGGCCUAUUUUUUUUAUUGCACAAAAACAUUGAAAAUGGGGUGAAUUGGAAUGUUAACAGUGACUUUGUAUUUUGCUGCUGCACUGAUAUUGUUUAUGCACUUGUUUUCUAAUUUCUAUUACACUAGCUGCUGGUUUUGUUCUAGGUCUUCACUGGAAGCUAAUUAUUAAACCUAAGAAGGAGAUUAAAGAAUGAUGCUUUGAUUUUCAUUCAGUUAUUUGCAUUUUAAGUAUAUUUUUGCAUUUCAGACAAGUAGAUAAAUUGGUGCUUUUUCUGGGGAGGGGUGGGGAGGGUUCUGUUUGGUAUCUGAGAAAGAAAAGCGAAAACAACGUGAAGUAAAAUGUUGUGUAUUGAUUAAAAUCUUCAGUUUUUUUCUCCUGCUCCCAAAUUGAGGGUACUAGUUUGAGGCCUUACCAGUGAAAGGAUAAAGAGUAAGAAUGGUGAGGUUAUAUACAUUUAGCGUGAGAUUUUCUAUGGUGAAAUACCUCAUGCAUGUAGGCUUAAUGGCUUGGAUUGAAACUGGCAGGAUUUUACUGUAGUGCAUUUUUUCCCUUGCCAAAUAUUAACAAAUACAGAACCUUAGCUCAUUGUCAGUUUAUGACAAAUACUCAGGUGACCUAUGGUGCACAGCGUUCCUAGUUAAAGAUUCUCUCCUCUAAACGCUGAAUAAAGCUGUGUUGCAGAGUAGUGGAUUUUCAUAGCAAAAUGAAGGAUAGCUGAAUUUAUUUUGCACAGAAUCUGACAGCAAGGCAAGUAGCUAAAUAAGCUGUGGUGUCUUAGCACCUUUGGGCUUCUUAUCUGAUCAUCAAGAUGGAAAAAUACAAGUACUGCCCAUUCCUUGCUAAUUAGCACACUCCUUGCUCUUGGUCAGUGGCCUUAAUUUAUUUAAAGAAGACAGGUGUUGAUAUUUCCAUGUUUCUGUCUGUUCCUUCUCUGCGGUGUUAAUAUGAUCCACAAGAUGGAAAUACAAAUACAGCUUACUAUUUGCAGCAAUUAAAAAAGAAAAAUUGUUGCAUAUAUAGUUGGAAUAAUUCAAUAUAACUGAAUCUGAGGAAAUGAACACAGUCCUCCAAUACUAACAAUGCUUACCAAAUGUAAUAACGUACAGUACGUAAGUGGAGGAAAGAAUCAGUGGCCAAUCAGUGUGCCUAACAAUCAUUACCAUAGUACCAGUAAUGAAGGUGCUGUAAAUAGAAGUAUUCUAAUGUAAUCAACAAUGUACACUAUAUAACCUUGUCAGAGCCAUUGAGCUAAUAUAACAAAACGUGUAGAAUCGGAGGUGGAGAAAAAUAGAAACAAAUUCAUGUAAAAGUCUGAUCAUACCAACCUAACAACUCUUUGCACUGUUUCUAUAUACGUUUCCAAGAUGUUCACAUGAUCCUUCUUGUACUGCAUUCACAUAACUAUUUAGUGCCAUACUUAACCUACUCUUCUAACAGAAAAGUCAGAUAAAACUUGUUUAGCAUUAUCAUGCUGUUUGGCACUAAGAUUAGCUGCUAUGUAGAUUUUUAUUAAAGAACUGUUUUGUCUGGGCAAAUGUUGCCUUUAAAAAGCACCUCAGAACACCUGACGAUGUUAGAUCAGUGUAUUAUUAUUCCUCAGUGGUAGCAUCUGUGUCCAACAAAGAUAGCUACUGCAUAUCAGUUAAGUGAGAAAAGAAUUAGCAUUGCCACAUUGUAUACAGUUGCUGUAAACUGUAUUAGAAUAUUAUCUCCUCUUUUCAUAUCCAAACAUCUGUUGAAACUACAAAGAAUAUUUCUUCUCCCUAAUUUAAAAACAAAUUUAAAAAAAUCCUAUAUGUUUUAGUUUCUUUUUAUAUAGAUAUGAAUCUGUGGAGAAAAUACUUGUUUUGAAAUAUUCAUUCAAUAGUAUAUUCAUUUUUAAUUGUGAUUUGCAAAGUAAAAUUAACAACUCUGAAAUACUGUAAUGGUAUGCCUGUUUGGAUCAAGAGUUAUAGAAGGGUGUUCCAUGGAUUAGAAAUUUUGAUCAUGUUUUACAGAAAUAAGUGGGUUUUUUUAAAGUUUUGAUUCUCUUGUAAUGCUUUAAUUUAAUUCCUAAUCAAUUUAUAAUUUUUUAAAUACAAUAAAGCAAGAAUACGUGCUUGAAAUUUAAGAGAUCUAGGAAAGAACCAACUUAAAUGUAAAAAUGACUGUGGUUAUUGCAUUGUAAGAAAUAAAGCUUUGUAGGCCCCAGAGCAGUCUUGCCUCUUUUGUCAGUUCACUGGGGAAAAAAAAGUAUCUUAAACUUCAGAAAACAUAAAGCCUUCUUGGUUAGAUAGUAAUUAGUGAUGUAAAGUUUUACCAAAUGUCUGGUAGGAAUUGUUUCUGAACACACAAAAUCCAACUUGUUUUUAAUGUUGGCAAAAUGUUCUAUGUAGCAAUUUUUAAAAAUCAUUCCUAACACAUUGCCAUCUAUCCUGAUUUUAAAAUGAAGGGGAAAAAAGAAUACAUAUAUUCUUAGAGGCUGGGUAUACUUAGAAAUGCUGAUGUGUAUCCCCCACAGCAAAGAAAUGCCUUUCAAAAGCUUGUCCAGACUUUCAUGUUUGAAAUGCAGCUAUUGUUCAUAAAGAGGGCCUUGGAGUCUUUGGUUGUCAGGUAGCCUAUAAAUGCAUGACCAUUUUGUCCUUUUUUCUGACCUUGGGAGAGUUGUUUCCUGGUAGAAACAAAUGAUCCAUGUCUGAACAGCCAGUUACUGUAAAUUUGUGGAAGGAAAACAAAAUAAACCGUGUAAAUCAAAUUAAAAUAUAAGGUGAGAAGAAAGUGAAUUAAUAGAAAAUUGUAAAACAGGGGAGUGGAGAAGAAUAUAUUUUCUACCAGCGUCAGAAGGUAACUUUGAGACUUUUAUAGAAAGAGAAAAUAUAGAUAAUUUCCCAUCUCAAAUCAUGUAAGAGUCUUUGCCUUCUAGAUAGAGGCAGCAGAGAGAUCCUUUUUAAUUGAUCUCUGACAGGUUGGCAUCUCCAUGCUUAUUCAACCCAAGUAGAAUUAAUGUAAUUAUAGCUAUACAGUAGAAUUAGUAGACUGAAACUGUUUAUUAUUAAGAUAAGGUGGAGAGUUUUAAUGCCAAGAUUAUGCUUCAGUUUUUUUCCUGUUUAAAAAUAUGGAGUGGUUUUAACCAUUUGCCAUACAUAUCUGUAAGCAAAAGGAGGCGGAUGUUUUAAAAGAUGAUAAAGACAUCGCCAAUGAAGGCUCCUAACCUGAAAUCAUAUUAGUAUCAGUGUUUACGUAAAGCAGCUAGUUACAUGGGGAGAAAUCCUGCUUACAGUGGAUACAAUGCAAGCAGAACUGGGCCCAUAUAAUGCUAGCUACUUUAGAACUUCACCUUGCAUCACUGGAGGAAUUUUGCCAUCAAUUUCAGUAGAAAUGGACCGAGUGCAUAAUGAGGUUAUAGAUUACACAAGCUCUUCAGAGGUCUGUUCUCUUUCUCAAGUGAUAGAUGUACAUCUGUUGGAGUUGCAGUAAAUUUGUUUCUUUCUGUACUAAAGAAGUCUUUAUUUGAAAAUGGCAGGCACUGAUGUUUUACAUUUGAAGCAUGAUCAUUGCUAUAUUUACCUCUUUAAAAAUAAUAGCCAUCAAUUUACUUCAGUUUUUCUCCUGCUGUACAUGCAGUAUGUCUUAAGGAGAUAUACAGUAUUCAGAACUUUUUUCACCAUUGAUGAAUGGUUUUUUUUUUUUAAUUUUUAAAUAUUCUGUGAAAAAGAAAUACACAAAAAAGCAAGUAAUUGCCUUUAGCCUUAAGGCACAAAUGCACCUAAAUAUGCAAUAUAAAGUUUGUGCAUGAGAUUCUUUAAAUCAUGUAGCCUUUUCCUUAAGCAUGAUGAUGAAGCUAGAGAAUUCUUAUUUCUUGUAUGAUUCCCUUACUCCCCGUGUCAGAAAUGCAAGAGGGAUGUUACACAGAGUCUGUACCUUACAUCAUAAGUACGGCUUAAAUCCUCCUUGCAUUUUAAUUUCUUUCCUGUGGAGUUAUUGAAAAUGCCCCUCUAUUAAAUUUAAAGUCAACAAAGUGACAAACUGACAUAAGAUAAUUCCCAUAUUCUAUAAAUGUAGUUAAUUUGUUGUCAGACUCUGGGUGAUAGAGCCUUGGGUUUCAAUUACUGUCUUUAUAUGGAGGUGUUUGUUCUGCUCAUCAUUAUUAUGCUGUAAUAGAAACAGUGGAGAUUAUUGUAUGGUUUUUCUCAGCAUUAGUAAACAUGGUUAAACAAAUGUUUUUUUAUUAAAACUUGUGUUUGAUUUAAAAGGUGUGCUGGAGAUUAAUGAACAAAAGAGGCUGACACAAAUGAACUGGCUUGCUAGCUGGUUCAUUUAAUCAGCUGUGAAGAAGAAAUAAGAAAAAUCUAGCUUUUAAAAUGGUUACUAUUAUUGUUAUUAAUUAUUAUUAUUUAUUUGUUUGUUUAUUAUUCACAGGUAUGGCUUUGUGCACCAUGCCAGUGGGUAAAUUAAGUGCAUCUCAUUAAUUAUUGCCCUACUAAUCUCAAGCCCUAUGGUUUGACUGUUAAAGGGUUAAUUAACUUGAUCCUUUGUAAAAAAAAAUGUAAAAAACAAAUAAAUCUGAUGUUUGUGACUUUUGUAAUCUACUGAACAUUUCCAUUUGCAUGAUGAUCUGUAUCUAACAAACCAUACCAAUUGCUGUGUUAAUUUCCAAAUAGUUUUAACAUUGGUGAUGUUUGUGACAAACACAAAUUUGUGUACUGUAUGUUUACUGCUAUUAUGACUUGGCUACUCCUAUGUUGAAUUGAAAUUAUGUUGUAAUGCCUUCCUGGGCUUAAAUGAUGGAGUGUUUCUGGAUGAUGAAGAAUACAAAAGUAUAUGUGCUCAUUGACUAAAAUAUUGAACAUGAGAAACUCUUCUUGUUGCUACCUUUUGUUUAAAAGCAAAAAAUGUUGAAUAAUUCUUGGUUCCAAAAAUGCAUCAUUUGUAUUUCAAGUUAACAUAAUCCCCAUGUUAACCCUUCCCUGCCAUGUUUCUUAUGCCUAUAGAUAAUCCUGGGUGAAUGCCUUGUGAGGGAUUCAUAAAGUAUGUGCUUGUACAUGUGUAGUAUGAUCACGCAGUCAAAUGGUUGAGAAAAACAAUCCAGUGCUAACGAAAUCAAUUAAAAGAAGCCAAUAUACAUAUAAUUAUGUUCCAAUUAAAAUUACAGUGUAAUGUAUUACUGUCCCAGUAAAUAAACUGGCCAUUUUUUGUUCAUUUAA